CUCCUCGAGCAGGCCAUUGACGACCGGAACUCCUUGGCUUUCUAUCUGCGACGAGUCCUUUCGUGUUCCGACACCGACGAGCGCGAUUUGUUUUCUGGUUCUCUCCUUCAUCAUCUUUCCGUGACGCCGCCUCGAAAACAUGCGCGCUUCGUCUUCACUUGUCGUGGCCGUUGCCGCCCUUGUCGCUUCGGCCUCGUCCUUUGUUAAUGCUGAGCCUGAUCUGAGGCAUUAUGGGUGCAACCAAAAGGUGCGCGCCUACAACGCCGACCUACGCAGGCGCCAAGUGGGCACUGUCUCUGGUGAGGGCGCCACCCCAGCAGAAGGUUCGGGUGCAAGCUCGGCAAACUACAAGUGCGACGCAAACACAUGCAAGCUGCCCAACUGCAACUGUGCCAGCACCAAGCCGCCCGGAGGACUGGACCCAAAGGACGUCCCCCAGUUCAUCACCCUCACCGCCGACGAUGCCAUUCAGCAGUACACCAUCGACGCGCUCAACAGCCUCAUCAAUGGACGCAAGAAUCCGAAUGGCUGCGCAGUUCAGACGACCUACUUUACUUCGCUCGACUACACAAAUUAUUCGAUGGUGACCAACUACUACGUUGCGGGCAAUGAGGUUGCUGAUCACACAGUCACCCACGUCGCUCAGCCAAGCGUCGAGGAGGUCUCGGGUAAUCUCAUUGGUCUCAAUGCACUCGCGGGUAUCCCGUUCAAGUCGCUGGCCGGCUUCCGGGCGCCCUUCCUCAACUACACCAUGCAGAACCUUCAGGACCUGGCAAAGGCCAACUUCGAGUACGAGUCAUCGUCGAGCUCUUCGGUGCCGGUGACGGACCCCAACACGGACGCCUUCUGGCCCUACACGCUCGACAAUGGUAUGGCCAACGACUGCACCGUCGAGGGGCUCGGUGUCUGCAACGGCCUACCCAAGCUGCCUGGCUUCUGGGAGAUUCCCAUGUACUCGACCUUCAACCCGGACAAGAGCAUUCUUGGCCUCAUGGACCCAUGGCUCGAGGGAGAUGUCAACAAGGUCCUCACAGCCAUGAAGGCUACCUUCACGGACCAUUACAACGGCCAGAAGCAGCCAUUUGGCAUGUACUCGCACCCUAUUCACAUCUCAACAUCGUACCCCGGCGCACCCACAAACCAGAUCCAGCCCAUGGUCACCAUGCUCAACCAGUUCCUCGACUUCGCCAUGGCUUCAAGCCAGUUCCAAAACGUGUGGAUGGUCAGUAACAAGCAGCUCCUUGCCUGGAUGCGCAACCCGGUCCCGGCCAGCCAGCUCAACACGCUCGACGAGUUCAAGUGCCAGACGCCCAACCCAGCCCAGGACAAGAUCUGCUCGGGCAUUCCCGACAAGGAGAAUGGGCUACUCGAAAAAUGCAUCAGCGACACGGCUGGUGACAGCCUCAACAACUCGCCGUUUGCUACCUGCUACGGCUGCCCCACCCAGCGUCCCACCCCUCAACUGCCCAACCCCCCGCAAAAGAACAAUGACGGCUCGGUGAGGAGCCGCAUCAACGACAAGUGCGACACGCCCUUCUGGGACCCCAUCGCUGGCAAGUGCCUCAACAGUGGCUUCAACGAUGCGACGAGGUCUAUUGGCCCCAACGGAGCCAACCUCACCUCGACUGGAUCUACCAACACCGAUGGAGCUGACAGCAACGGAGGCAAGUCGACUAGCGACGGCUAUCAGACUUUCGGCUCUGGCGGAGCUCAGGUACAGCCUUCGCUGGUGGCCGCUCUCGGUCUUGGUGCGCUCUUCGCCGUUGUCGCCCACCUCGUCUAGUACUCACGAUAUAUUCUUCAAAAUCCUGGCUCGAUUUCUUGAUCCUCUUCACCCUUUGUUUUACUUGUCUCUUUUCCAACUGGACAAUUCAAUUUCCCUGCUUGCGUU